AAAUAUUGCCUACUACGUAUGUUAAUCUCCCGGAUUUGCCCUCAGUGUAACCUUUUCGGUUACCCAAAUUCGAAUCCAGAAUGUUUCGUCCAUAGCUUCGUCCAUGUUCCAGUAGGUGGCGGUCUUUUUCGUCGUCGAUGUGGUUGCUAUGACGAAGAGAAGCGUUACAGAACAUUCCGGAGUAACUUUUAUGUUAUGCAGCUAGGCUAAAGAUACAUUUGCAAGGUUGCAAGUCGUAUUUAUAUUGCAAAAGUUAGAAUGACUUAUUAUGCUGCAAGUUCAGCUUUGGAAUCAAUUUUUUCAAGGUAUUGAUGUAAAAACAUAAUGAAUGUACUGCCAAACCAUCUUGUCAAGUCACUGAAGGAAGAUUUCAAGAUAUUGGACUACAGCAAGUGGGAGAGAUGCAACAGGAGCAAGACAGAGCCCCCUCCCUGGGUGAUUUUGCCCCCACUGCCCAACAAGACUACUGGCUCACCAAGCAAGCGUUAUCCAGCCACAGGGAGAGAGGAGAGUGGGACCUCUGCCACCCAUAACUUUUUCCCAACAACCGACAAGCCAGGGAAGUCUCGCCCCAACACUGGCCAUGAAGAGUCCACUGUGUCAUCUAUGGGACGACUCUCUCGACGGAGGAGGAACGAAAGAGUGAAGCUGGACCCCAUCACUUUGAAGAAACAAGAAAAUAUCAAAACACUGAACUUGCUGAUUAUGUCGAGGAAGAAGGCCCUAGUGGAGCUGGAGAAGCACUGUGCAUUGCUGCAGGAGAGCAACGUCCGUAUGGCCGGGGAGAUAGACAGUACAGACAGACAGUCAGUGUCCAGUGCCAGGGAAUUCCUCAUCCGGCAUGACAAAUUAGGGAGUUCUAUAGCUGCAUUCAACAGCUGGAGCCACAGUCAGAUGGAGCAGGCCAAGACAGAGCUCCAGGAGGCUGAGACUGCUGCAAAGAACAGACUUUGGGGUCUCCAUGAGCAGCUGAGGGGGGUGAAGGCAGAGCUGGUGAACGCCCAGGCGGAGCUCCACACCCUGAAGACCUACAAGGAUAAAGAGUACCCCGUCAAGGCCCUGCGCAUUGCCGAGAUAAAGAGAGAGAUUGAGAAACUCAAAGAGACACAGCAGGAUGAGAAUGAGGACGUSAACUUGCUGUGCCAGACAGAGAUGGUGUACCUGGAGAGACGAUCCCAACACGAAGAGCAGGAAGUCCUCUCUGUCAUAGCUAAGCAAAAUGUUUCAUAUAUUCCCUGUGUCGUCAAACUGAUGGCCGCACAUAAUCAGACGAUAAAAAAAGAAAUUGGAAUCCACAAAAAGGAAAUUGCGGAGCUGGAAGAUAAGAACAGAGAGCUGAUCAAGAGUGUCCAGGAACUACAAAUAUCACGGACCAACAUCAGGAAAGACAUCUUCCAAGACGUUUUCCCCAAAUCAGAUAAGUAUGUCAAGAUGCACCCCGGAUAUGGAGGUGACCUUAAACAUCCCUCGUGAGGAGUGGCUCCCCAUUUAGAUGUGUGACAGACUAGGAGAGACACGACUUGUGUGUCGCUCGGCUGCAUUUAAACCUGCUGGGCUCUUCUUGGCACAACCCCAGAAUUUCUGUUAUACUGAGUGCCCAUCUUCUCCUACUACAGUGCCCAUCUUCUCCUACUACAGUGCCCAUCUUCUCCUACUACAGUGCCCAUCUUCUCCUACUACAGUGCCGCAUCUUCUCCUACUACAGUGCCCAUCUUCUCCUACUACAGUGCCCAUCUUCUCCUACUACAGUGCCCAUCUUCUCCUACUACAGUGCCCAAUCUUCUUAAAACAAGUUCUGCAUUGUAAUACCAGUCAACUGGGGCCAAUAAACAUUUGUGAACAUUUCUAAUAAAUAACUCCAUGGUUCAA